AUGGGUUGUACAUAAACAAAACUAAAAUCUAAGAAGGAUAUGUGUUUUGUUAGUGUUCCCCUCUAAGUUGGUAGAAAAAUGAGUAAAGAAGAAGGAAUAGUAUCAAGGGAAUACAAAAUUAACUCCACAAGGAUUACUUAGGCUAAAAAGUAAAUAUUGACAGAUGUAUCGCCUGCCUUUAGUGAAGGAAAGAAUGUCUCAUACAUUUCUACUCAUAAAGAAGCACAAAAACAAUGA